GCAAGGUAAAAUAAAAUAGUGCAUGUUUUUUCUACAGUAACUCCCAUUUCCCCUAUACCCAUCUCUUCAAUCUUUCUCCAUCGGCAGUUUGACCCAUUUCCCCCUCUCCCGAUAAUGUGCGAGGACUCUCUUCAUCUUCGGUGACGACCUUCCACUUUAUUCCAUCGACAUCUUUCAUCUCGACAGUCGUUCACCCUGUUCCAGCCCUCCAUCGACAACUUUCUUCUCAACCCCACUUUCUAACUCAAGGACACGGGAUGAGUCUCACAGUUCACUGAAACCGUAAGGUGUUUUAGCUGCCCAACCGAACAAUACCCAUCAUCAAAAGAAGCUCAGAUUUGGGUCCAAUGGUGAGUUUAAGAUACAACAAGUGGACUUUCUGUGGUGGAAAUUUACAUUGAACAAUACCCAUCAACCGACUUAUUUACAGUGAAAAGCACAGGUGGAAAUUUAGAAGACUCUGACUUGGGGAUAAGCAAAAGGGGUCUAAAACAGCUGCAUGAGAUGUUUAAUUCAGAAGGAGCAAUGCAGUGCCUAAGUUGAGAUGUUUAGUCCAACAACUUGAAAUCAAAGAGCAUGGAUAUCCUAGGAUCGUCUCCUUUUGAUAAGCCAUCCACAUAUUCUGAAAGUUUAGGUCGACUUUCAAAGCUUGACUCCCAUAGCAAUUCAUAUGCAUUUGAAUCUUCAAUGAGUUCAGUUUCUGAUAGUAUCGUGAGUGACCUGCCAAAACCAUCUGUAUAUGAAAAUGGCAUGGAGAGGAAACAUGAUUUUUACUUACCUAAGCAUAAUGAAGACUUUACAGCUCUGGAACAGCAUAUUGAGGAUUUGACACAAGAAAAAUUCUCCUUGCAACGUGCACUUGAGGCCUCUCGCGCUUUAGCAGAGUCAUUGGCUUCUGAAAAUUCUUCUCUUACAGACACAUAUAACCAACAGCGGGGUGUUGUUGAUCAACUAAAAUCUGACAUGGAAAAGUUACAGGAGGAAAUCAAGGCCCAAUUGGCACUUAGACUGAGAUCUAGUGAGCUAAAGCUUGAGAGGCAAUUGGAGAACUCACAAGCUGAAAUCUCUUCAUAUGAAAAGAAAUUGUCUAGCAUAGAGAGGGAUCGUAUGGACUUGCGGUCAACUAUUGAUGCUCUUCAAGAAGAGAAAAAGCUGUUGCAGUCCAAGUUACGCAAAGCUUCCACUGGUGGAAAAUCCGUUGAUGUUACCCAGAGUAGUACACAUAAGAAAGAUGAAUCUACUUCUACCGAAGAUUUAGAAAAUGAAGAUACCAUUACCAAUACCUCGAAUCAGGAAGUGCAGGAUACAUCUUUUAUUGGAAUUGAUGCCUCCAAUUUUUCAAUGUUGCCUGACAAUGGCUAUUCAAAUAUACCUCCUGAUCAGAUGAGAAUGAUUCAAAACAUUAAUGCAUUAAUUGUAGAGUUGGCUAUGGAGAAGGAAGAGUUGGUUCAAACUUUGGCGUCUGAGUCAUCUCAUUGUUCUCAGUUGAAGGAGUUGAACUAUGAGUUGACCCGAAAACUUGAAGCUCAGACUCAGAGAUUAGAGUUUUUGACUGCUCGAAGUAUGGCUAAUGAGAAUAUCUCUGCAAGACAACCUGAGGAUGUCCGUGAGAGCAUUCAAUAUGCUGAUGAAGGUGACGAGUAUGGAAGAGGCAAAAAGAAAAUUUAUGCUUGUAGCACAACAACUUGCACAGGCUUUCAAGCUGUAAUGACCGAAGAAGAGUCAGAGAAGUUUAAUGGAACUGAUGUAGUGCUAUGAAUGUAUGGCCUGGUUGAGACAAGCAAUGCUUUCAGGGCUUUAUACAAGGCAUUCUAACAUCAUCUGAACAGGUGGGCUUUUUAUUUCCCUUGUGCACACUAUAAAUGAUUAAUGGAAAGAUUGUAGUACUUUUAUUACUACAAAUUUUAUCUGUUAAGUGGUAGCUGCUAGAUCUGUUAUGAUUUUCUAUGAAUCUGUUAGUCUUACUCUAAUUUUUAGCUCAUUAUAAGUGAUGUAUUCUCUUUUUCUAUUUAACAUUUCAAUAAAGUUCAGUUCAUUCAUUCUCUAUCCUCUCUAAUUUUCUCAUUCACUUUCAUUUCUGAAUUUAACUGUUUGUUUUGUGGGAAAUUCAUAUGCUUAGAUUUUUCUUUCUUAAUAAGCUCAUAUGACCAUGUUAGAAGACGAACUACCAACAAAAAGAUGACUUUCAUCAACCCUUGUCAAGGUAUAAAGAAGAAAGUCUUCUGUUGUGCUUUAGAAUUAUGCACGAACUACCAACAAAAAGAUGACUUUCAUCAGCCCUUGUCAAGGUAUAUUGAGAUGAUUUCUUUGAAGCAAUUCUUGACAACAUUUGUAGUUGAGGUCUUUAGAAUGGAAAAAUGUAUUUCACUAAUUUUUGUAUACAUUUCUUGUUUUGUAUUUAGUGAUAAAGGAAUUUGAAUUGGGCAUAAAUUAUGUUGUAAUAUGAUUUCUUAAGCGUAGACUAGUAGACUAAAUAUUGUAAUUACAUUUGAGUAAUUAAUAAAAAUCUAUUUAUGUUA